CCACCGGCAAGCCUUCAGGAUGGUACUUGCCUGAAUUCGCCCACCCCUAUGAAGUCCUCAAGGACAAGACCGAGAUGACCAUCGCCUCGCCCAAGGGCGGCAAGGCUCCUCUCGACCCUGCCUCGGUGCAGAUGUUCGCCGAGGAUCCUACCUCCAAGGCCUUCCUCGCCGAGAAGGAGGCCCUCUGGACCAACACCGUCAAGCUGGCCGACGUCAAGGCGGCUGACUUUGACGCUAUCUUCUACGUGGGCGGUCAUGGCCCAAUGUUCGACCUGUACUCCGACCCCGUCUCCCUCGCCCUCAUCCAGGCCUUCUCCGAAGCCAAAAAGCCCGUCUCCGCCGUCUGCCACGGUCCCACCGUCUUCCUCAACGCAACGGCCGCAUCCGGCGAGCCCAUCCUCUCCGGCGCCACCGUGACCGGCUUCUCCAACGUCGAGGAAGAACAGGCCGGUUUGACCGCCGCCAUGCCGUACCUGCUCGAGACGGAGCUGAACAAGAUCACCAACGGCGGCUACGUCAAGGCCGACCAGCCAUGGGGCGAGAAGGUGGUUGUCUCCAAGGCUGCGGGGUCGGGCGCUGUUUUGAUUACCGGCCAGAACCCUGCUAGUGCGACUGCUGUGGGUAAGGAGAUUUUGAAGGCGCUGGGAUUGUAGAUAUAUUCAAUAUAUGAUAAUAUAAUUGUGGUGGAUGCACACUAUAUAUGAAACAUGAGACUAUCCAGAUUAGUGCAGACCCUGAGACCCUUCGGACGGCCCCGAACCCCAAAACAGAAACAUCCGAUAUCUUCUUCAGCAUGCUCGUAUCCUUACUUCUUAUUCGUGUUGAUCAUGUUACACGCCAAGCAUCUAUACAACAUGGCACAUGCACUCAAGCAAGGGGUGCCGACGGACUCCGUAACCAGCCAACUAUAAAUCUCGCGUCGGGACCAAAACAAAACAACAGAACCAUUCACCCUCACCAUGGUCAAGUUCAUCCUCUCGGCCCUGCUGGCAGUCCCUCUCAUCGCGGCAUCCCCUAUCGCUGCCCCCUCACCACCAGACAUCCCGGCUACAUCUACGGCACAAAGUGAACUUGCAGCGUUAAAGGUCGCUGCGCAGGGAUCGCAGGAUGGCUAUGAUCGGGAUGCAUUUCCGCACUGGAUUAGCCAGGGACA